CUGACUGAACUGAGGUGUGGAAACCUUCCAGUCUUGUUCACCUGGUUCAAUCUGUCUGUACAACUUUCUACAACAUGUCAGAUAAAAUGGAGGUUAAUCUAUCUGGAGUCAAACAAAGUAAAGGCGUGUGGCUUGUAAAGGUUCCCAAGUAUUUGGCUCAGCAAUGGGACAAAGCAACAGAAAAGGGAGAAGUGGGAAAGAUCACCAUUGGAAAGAAGCACAGCAAAACAGAGGUACGUUUCAGCCUGAACGAGGAGCUGGCUGCUGUGGGGGAGAAGGAUGCCUCGCUGCAGGUGCCCAGAGAUCAUCCCUUCACUAUGCACACAGUGGGCGGACAGACCAUGGCUGUCUUCAGCCAGAGCGACAAAGAUGAAAUCAGUCUGGAGGGGACGGUGGUGCACAGAGCUGAAUGCAGACCAGUCGUCAAUGACAACUACAUGAAGCUGAAGAAGCUGCAGAUGAAAGAGUCCACCAAGCCUCAGCGUUUGUCACAGCAGCUGGAGAGAGCCAUCACUACAGUCUUCAAGCCUGUGGCCAAUCAUGAUUUCAAUGUGGAGUAUGAGAAGAAGAAGAAGUCGGAAGGGAAGAUGGUGCGAGCCGAGCGGCAGGUGGUGUUGGACAUGCUCUUCUCUGCCUUUGAGAAACACCAGUAUUACAACAUUAAGGACCUGGUGGACAUCACCAAACAACCUGUGACAUACCUGAAGGAAAUCAUGAAGGAAAUCGGCACGUACAACAGCAAAGGAGCUCACAAAAGCACCUGGGAAUUGAGACCAGAGUACCGACACUACCAGUCUGCUGAGGAAGAGGAGGAGAUGCAGACUGCCUAGUUCCAGCGAGUUCCUCCGAUCCUCUGCACCGAGGAACAGAGCAGAGAUAAAAUGUUCACUUGAGCUUUCAGGUGGUAAAUAAGGAAUUCAGCUUUUUUUUCUGUGACUUCCUGAAUAUAGGCUUGAUGUCAAAAAGGAGAAAUGCCAAUAUGGUUCACUCACAUGCAUGCAGUAUGUGAUGUGUUUGAGUUCCUGCUUUUUUUGGUUGACAUUAUUAUUGGGUGGUAACGCAGUGUAAAGUGCAAACUAAUUAAAAAACAUCUGUUUGUUUUGUCAA